AUGGAGGGUUUACAGAGCUUCGGGAGCAUCACCAGUCAAGGUUUUUCUGGCUCAAUCAUCACGCCCUUCUCCUCAUCCUAUCAAUCGACCAUUCAACGUUUCUCAACCACGUGUAUCCUCAAACCCGCUGUCAUCGUCGAGCCCGCGACUGCCAACGACAUAUCCAUAGCUCUCAAGUUCGCACUUGGACUAACCAGAUACCACAUCCCAGUCCCAGAAAUAGCAGUCAAAGGAGGAGGAGUCAACUCUGCCCCUGGUGUCUCUUCCACAAACAACGGCGUAGUCUUCGACCUAGCGAAGAUGAAAUCUGCGAAAGUGUCCCCUGAUAAAAAGUCGAUAACCGUCGCCGGUGGCGCGUUGUGGAGUGAUGUCUAUGCGGAGGCGGAUAAACAAGGUGUCGUUGUCGUAGGUGGAAGUGUUCAUCUUGUUGGCGUUGGUGGGUCGACGCUUGCAGCUGGCUAUUCCCCUUUGUCCGGCCAGUAUGGGCUGGCUAUCGAUAACAUGCUAUCCGCACAAGUGGUUUUGGCUAGCGGGCAGGUCAUCAACACGGAUGAGAAACACGAACCUGACUUGUUCUGGGCUAUUCGAGGUGGUGUGAAUCAGUUCGGGAUAGUCACACAGAUGACGUUUGCCACUCACCCCUUCCCGGGACCUAUCACGGUGGGAUCUUUAGGCUACCUUGGAACGGACCUUCCGAAGGUUCUAGCGGCUCUACAUCCGACCCUUCUAAUCCUUCCCUACAUCGAGGAGCAAAAAACGAAACCAGACACCGUUCUCGCUCCCUUCCGAACCCUCGCAAAGCCCAUAUUCGAAAGCAUCUUCACCGUGAACAACUUCACCUCCGUAUCCCACGGCGCCGACUCGUCCAUCACAAACCAGCCUCCACGUGUAACGACCAACGGCGCAUUAAUUUCUGAUGUCUGGGACGACACCGUUACCUCAGUCUAUCAAGAAUGGCUCAAGUUCACGGAGGACCCCGAGUUCCAAGCGACGAUAUCCAUGUGGGAAUUCUCACAUCGUGAUAAGAUUGCUUCAAAACCUGCUGGAUCGACUGCGUUUGCUGCGAGGAGUCCGCACUAUUAUUGGACUGUUACAGCUAGGCAUACAAACCCCUCAAAUGACCGCAAAGUCUCCGACUGGACAUCUAAUCUCGCCAAAUCCGUCCGUCAAGCGCAAGUUAAGAAGACUGGGAAGUCGCUACCUCUCCCAGCAAGCUUUGCGCAAACUCCUCAGACGGUAUCGACACAGGAUAUCUAUGGGGAUAAUCUACCGAAAUUGAGGAAAUUAAAGGCACGUUACGAUCCCAGUAAGGUGUGGAGGACGGGAUGGGUGAUUGAUCCUGAUCAUUCUUGA